GCGGCCAUCGGGCUCCAAAGGCCCGCCCUCUUUCUGGGGGCGGACCCCGGAGCAAACCAAGGGGCGUGUUUUCGCCCCACCUCUACGUAGCCCGAUACGGUGCUGGGGGUGCCGGCCGGCGGAUUCCCACGUGGUGCGGAGAUUCGCGGUUGCCGGUUCGCGUCCUUCUUGACUUCCUCGGCCUGUGAGCUCUCUGCCUGCAGAGAUGCCGAAGAUCAAAUCAGCGGCUAGCGGCCGCCGCCGCGAGCGGCAACAACAACGCGGGCAGCUGAAGAGCGCCGGAGGACUUAUGUUCAACACGGGGAUUGGGCAGCAUAUUUUGAAAAAUCCUCUCAUUGUUAACAGCAUUAUCGAUAAGGCUGCCUUGCGACCGACUGAUGUGGUGCUGGAGGUUGGACCUGGAACUGGCAAUAUGACUGUAAAGUUGCUGGAAAAGGCAAAAAAGGUAAUUGCUUGUGAACUUGACCCAAGGCUAGUAGCUGAACUUCACAAAAGAGUUCAGGGCACGCCUCUGGCCAGCAAACUUCAAGUAAUGGUGGGUGAUGUGUUAAAAACAGAUCUGCCAUUCUUUGAUGCUUGUGUGGCAAAUUUGCCCUAUCAGAUCUCUUCUCCUUUUGUCUUCAAGCUGUUGCUGCAUCGACCUUUUUUCAGAUGUGCUGUACUAAUGUUUCAAAGAGAAUUUGCUCUCCGACUGGUUGCAAAACCUGGAGAUAAGUUAUACUGCAGACUGUCAAUUAACACACAGCUGUUAGCACGUGUGGACCAUCUAAUGAAAGUUGGAAAGAAUAACUUCAGACCACCACCCAAGGUGGAAUCCAGUGUGGUAAGGAUAGAACCUAAGAAUCCACCACCACCUAUCAAUUUUCAGGAAUGGGAUGGCCUAGUAAGGAUCACCUUUGUUAGGAAAAACAAGACACUGUCUGCUGCAUUUAAGUCAAGUGCAGUGCAACAGCUACUGGAAAAAAACUACAGAAUUCACUGUUCAGUCCAUAAUAUUAUAAUACCAGAAGAUUUCAGCAUAGCAGAUAAAAUACAGCAAAUCCUAACCAGCACAGGUUUUAGUGACAAGCGGGCCCGUUCCAUGGACAUAGAUGAUUUCAUCAGAUUGCUACAUGGAUUCAAUGCAGAAGGUAUCCAUUUUUCUUAGACAUCUGAAAAAGAAGUUUUUCAAGCUCAAGGAAAAAAGUGGAAUUAUAUAUUCUUAAUAAUUUGAAAAAAUGAGCUAUGCUUGGACACUAUGUGCUUGACUACUUUUGAUGUACUACUGUUGUCACCAUUUAUUUCUCUGAAUUUUUAAGAAAGUAAGUCAAUUCUAAGUGUCCAAGGUUUCUUUGUAUUUUGCUCUUUUUUGUUUGUUUUGGUUUAAUAUAUAAUACAAGGCAGGGUGAUAAUAAUCUUCAAGAGCCGCAGAUACGCACAACUUUACACUUCAAGUUAUUUCUAACAGUGUAUUAAGAUGUUACCCUUUUAUUUUCUGUUAUAUAUUAUUGUGAAAACCUUUUUUAGGCUUUUAGCUCUUCAGGCCUUUGUCCUUCAAGUCAUAAAAAAGUUAAAAUGUUUAAUUUAGUCACAUAUUCCCCAUACCCUUUCUUCUUGUUAUUCAUGUGUACAGUAAAGCAGUUGUCUUAAAAUGUUA